AUGGUGACCACAAAUCAGCUUUUGAAAAAGAACAAAGAAAAAGACUGCAUUGCAGUGACAGCAGACCGAAAGUACUAUCAAACCAAGUCGGCUUUCAUCAAGCGCAGCCUGCGUCCUCAAGAAUGGCAAGUCAGCGCCUUCCUGGGGAAAAUCAUCGUCCCUCGCCUCGGAGAAGAGCGUCUACUCAACGAAGCUGCUGCACUCGAUUUCGUUGCUGCCAACACCACUAUACCAGUGCCGAAAGUGCUGACAUGCUUCGAAGAUGACGGCGCUGUUUACCUCGUUACGGAACUCAUCGAUGCGAGAAGAAUGGACGACUUAUCUGAUUCUGAGCGUGCUGUUGUUGCACAAGAGCUCGAAAGCUAUAUCAACCAGCUCCAUGGUCUGCGCUCCUCGAAUCUGGGUGGUUGCACUGGGCUGGCCAUUCCUCCCUUUCGUGUUUGGGAAAAGACUCCUCGCGACGAGUGGAAGUUUCAGCCUUCUGAUGCUGAGGAGUAUGUCUUCUGCCAUAUGGAUCUUUCACAGUCCAAUGUGCUGGUUUGCCAUGAUGAGCUGAAGAUCAGAGCAAUCAUUGACUGGGAGUACUCUGGGUUUUGGCCAGAGAAGUUUGAAAAGAGGGUCUACGAGCGACUCGGGCCUUCGAUUGUGUUGGAAGGAGAGGUCGAUGAUGUGGAUGAGAUCCUCAGUCUGAUGAACGAGAAGUUAUGA